AUGGGGGACUGGUCCAUACUUGGUCGCUUCCUGUCUGAGGUGCAGAACCACUCCACAGUGAUAGGCAAGAUCUGGCUCACCAUGCUGCUCAUUUUCCGUAUCCUGCUGGUGGCCUUGGUGGGUGAUGCGGUCUACAGUGAUGAGCAGUCCAAGUUCAUCUGUAACACCCAGCAACCUGGAUGCAACAAUGUCUGUUAUGACACCUUUGCUCCUGUUUCACAUCUGCGCUUUUGGGUCUUCCAAAUUGUGAUAGUCUCCACCCCAUCUAUCUUCUACAUAGUUUUUGUCCUGCAUAAGAUUGCCAAAGAUGAAAAGCUGAACAGCCAGAGAGCACAGGUGGUAUCCCAGAGAGUUCCCACACAAAGAUGUGGGCACAUGUGUACGAAUGGCAUGGAGGCGCUGAGGGACAUGCCCACUUACUGCCCUCAUUACAGGACAGAAUUGGAUGCAAGGGAGAGGGAAGGAGUACAACAAAGCUUUGUGGAAGAGGACUAUGGCAAAGUCGGAGAGGAUCCCACUAUGCAGUCCAACCAGGUUCUGCUCAUCUACAUUCUUCAUGUAUUACUACGAUCUGUCAUGGAGAUCAUUUUCCUGGUGGGACAGUACCUCUUGUUUGGUUUUGAGGUGUCUCACCUAUAUCGCUGUGAGACAUACCCUUGCCCUACUCGCACAGACUGCUUUGUGUCACGUGCCACAGAAAAAACCAUCUUCUUGAACUUCAUGUUCAGCAUCAGCCUAGGAUGUUUUGUGCUGAACAUCGCAGAGCUCCACUACCUAGGCUGGGUUUACAUUUUCCGCAUCCUCUGCUCAGCUUGUUCCACCUGCUGCAAUUCGGAGAAAGACACUGUUGAACUUUAUUCAAACCACAAUCCCUUCCUCCUGCAGCUCAGGCAUUCUUUGAGGGGGCAACUAGUUCUGCAGACCCCAGCAGCCAUGGUUCCAGAGAAGACUGGAAGUCUGCUCACAUGUGCCCCAGCUAUCUCCUUUGAGACGAGCUCAACUGUAGAAUGCAGUCCAGAGACCAGAGAUAAAGUGAAAGUUAAACUUGCCAACAUGGCCAGGCUGGGACAGAUUAAAAAGUCUUGGCUAUGA